AUGGCUCUCUCUAGCCUCGUUGAUGCUCUUUCUCUACCAUCAACAAGAACUGAUCCUUUGAAUAGCUUAAUGCGCUUUAUGAUUCAUUCAGGAUUCUUUGCAAAACAAAGCCUUGCUGAAAAUCAAGAACAACAAGGUUAUGUAUUGACAACAACUUCAAGGCUUUUAGUAAAAGUUAAUGCCAACACAAUGUCAUCUGUUGUUCUCUCAAUGGUCGAUCCUUUCAUGAAUCCUGGAUCUGUCAAGAACUUCCAUGAUUCCAUGGCUAAUGACUCUUGCGUGUUGAUGAGUGUAAUUAUUAAUGAAGAGCUAUCAGUGAAGGAAGAUGCAGUGCAGGUUAAGACUAUUAAGUGGUGUAGGAUAACAGCCAGCCUGUCACAAGCUGUUAUUAUUCUCACGUGUGAGAUCAUUUGCUUUCUGUCAGUUAGUGUCGGUUGA